UAGGCUGGUCCGGGGUUCUGCUGUCCCAUGGUGAGUUCAUUGUGGGACACAAAAUUGCUGGUCCAGCCGAUUUGGACCCACCGUUAGGUAGAUAGACUAGAGCACCGCUGUCUUGUUGUUCACUUUCUUACUCGGUCGCUGUCUCUCCCCAGUGAGUUCAUUCAUCUCUCCUGGUUAUUCCAAUUUAGCUCCCCGGGUGAGUUCAUUCGUACUUACGGAUUGAUAGAAUGGAAGAUAAAGAGAAAUCUUUGCCUCUGCUUCCUGGAGACAGAGGGAAAUACGAUGUGGGUUUCUCUUCUUCUUCGUCUUCUUCGUCCUCCAUGGCUGUUCUGGUUCUUAGCACAUCAGUUGCUGUUUUGGGUUCUUACGUCUUCGGUUCUGCAAUUGGAUUUUCAUCACCAGCUCAAGAUGGGAUCAUGAAUGAGCUUGGCCUUUCUUUAGCUGAGUAUUCAUUUUUCGGAUCAAUAAUGACCAUUGGAGCUAUGUUGGGAGCAGUCAUGAGCGGAAGAUUGGCUGAUCUAAUGGGAAGAAGAGGUAUCAUGGGUUUUGCUGACAUAUUCUGCCUUACUGCGUGGUUUGCAAUUUCUUUCUCAAAGGAUGCCUUGUGGCUGUAUCUUGGAAGAUUUUGUCUUGGAUAUGGAGUUGGGCUUUUCUCCUAUGUGGUACCUGUAUAUAUAGCAGAAAUAACACCCAAAGAUCUUCGCGGAGCUUUCACAGCAGUUAAUCAUUUAAUGAUAUGUAGUGGCGUCUCGGUUUUGUUUUUAAUCGGAGCUGUAAUAAACUGGCGAAUCUUGUCUUUGAUUGGGAGUGUUCCAUGUGUAUUACAACUUCUCGGGCUAUUCAUUAUUCCUGAAUCGCCAAGAUGGUUGGCUAUGAAGGGUCGAUGGCCGGAUUGUGAAUUGGCGUUACAGCAGUUGAGAGGAAAGAAUGCAAAGAUUGGUGAUGAAUUGGAUGAAAUUCGAGAGUAUACAGAAAGCCUUCAACAGUUCUCUGAAGCUCGGCUGCUCGAUUUGUUCCAAUGGACAUACGCCCACUCGCUUAUAGUUGGUGUCGGGUUAAUGGUGUUGCAACAGUUUGGAGGUGUGAAUGGGAUAGCUUAUUAUGCUAGCUCUAUUUUUGUAUCUACAGGUUUCUCGAGUAGAUUCGGGACAAUGGCUAUUGCUGUCGUUCAGGUUCCCAUGACCAUGUUUGGUGUUCUAUUGAUGGAUAAAUUGGGGCGAAAACCUCUUCUUAUGGUUUCCGCGGCUGGAACAUGCUUGGGUUGUCUUCUACUUUCCAUAUCCUUCUUCUUGCAGGGCAUUGAAGUUAGGAAGGAGUUCACUCCAUUUAUGGCACUUAUCGGAAUAUUGGUAUUUAUGGGUUCAUAUUCAUUGGGGAUGGGAGGAAUUCCUUGGGUUAUAAUGUCGGAGAUCUUCCCAAUUAACAUGAAAGGUUUGGCUGGAAGCUUUGUGACUGUUGUUAAUUGGUUGUGUUCAUGGAUUAUUUCCUUUGCCUUUAACUUCCUAAUGGAUUGGAGCUCAGAAGGUACGUUUUUUGGGUUUUCGGUGAUUGGCGCUGCAACAGUUUUGUUUGUCGCAAAAUUGGUACCUGAGACUAAAGGAAGAACUCUUGAGGAGAUUCAAGCAUCGAUGAACUCGUUCACACGCACAUUAUGAAUGAUGCUUCUGUUAUCGUAAUUGUUUAUGUUUAUUUAUCUGUGAUUGAAGCUACCUAAAUUACAGUGCAAAAUAUUACCUAAAAAUUGUGAAGGGUGUGCGUCCAUUUAUACGGCAAACUUGAUUUGUUUUGAACCCUUUUCCAUGUAAACAGUCAAUUAUUGUUUUAGUUUAACUUUAAUUUUUUUUUG